AUGGUUGAGAGUCCACGAAUGAUGGGCACGUGGUGCACCGGCAUGGAAGCACUGGAAUGUGGUGGUGGUCGUGAUGGUGCUGAUGGUGGUACUGAUGGUGGUGCUGAUGGUGGUGCUGAUGGUGGUGCUGAUGGCGGUGCUGAUGGUGGUGCUAAUGGUGGUGCUGAUGGCGGUGCUGGUGGCGACGGUGACAGUGGUGGUGGUCAUGAUGGUGAUGAUGGUGGUGCUGAUGGUGUUGCUGAUGGUGGUGCUGGUGGUUGUGCUGGUGGCGACGGUGACAGUGGUGGUGGUCGUGAUGGUGAUGAUGGUGGUGCUGAUGGUGGUGCUGAUGGCGGUGCUGGUGGCGAUGCUGGUGGCGACAGUGACAAUGGUGGUGGUCGUGAUGGUGAUGAUGGUGGUGCUGAUGGUGGUGCUGAUGGCGGUGCUGGUGGCGACGGUGACAGUGGUGGUCGUCGUGAUGGUGCUGAUGGUGGUACUGAUGGUGGUGCUAAUGGUGGUGCUGAUGGUGGUGUUGAUGGUUGUGCUGGUGGCGACGGUGACUGUGGUGGUGGUCCUGAUGGUGGGAAGGACAGGGUGGGUGGUGGUGACGAAACACCUGCACAAUGGAAACCCGAGGAAGAGGCAAUGACACACGGGCAAGGGAAGAAGCACAGGGGCUUCAAGAUUCAUGGCGCUUCUCAUCGUGCACGCUUUUGCAGCAGCAGCGUCACCAGGAGCAUCCAAACAGAGUGUUACGAUGAGCAGGGCCUCACCAUCAUCAGCAAAUCAGCACAUUAA